AUGGGAAGACAGAAGGUGGCGGAGAAAAAUUCGCCGCCCGUAAUGCCGUUUCGGCCUAUGCCGACGGCGCCGCCGCUUUCCCCGGUACCCCCAGGACCACUGAUGCCUGUGCGCCUGGCUCCCAUGAUCAAUCCGCACAAUCCGGGACAUACAUCUAAUCAGAUUGCGCGGUUUAAUGUCGCCGCGAAAAAGAUGCAAAAAAGGCAUAAUCCACAACUUUAUACAAAAAGGUUUCUUUUUUCUUGCUUCUUCUGAUGAAAUGAUUCAUAUCAUAUAAACUUUGAUACAAAAUCAGAAAGCAAAAUAAAUUUUUUUGGCACAAUCUGAUCAAAAAAAAAGAUGUCCAUGGAAAUUCCCCAAAACUUUUAUCAGCCAUUUAUUUCCAAAAAAAAGUUUACGGAAGCUUAAAAAGAAAAAAAAUUUUUUUGCUUCUGGAAAUAUUAAAAAGCAUCUCUUUUUUUUCGAAUUUCAAACAAAGCUAAAAAAAAAGAAACUGCAAAAAAAUUAUUCCAAAAGCUUCAUUUAUGACGGCAAAAAAAGAACAAAAAAACAGUCAACUUUUUUUCUGAUGAACCUGAUAUAAUUCUGAAAAAGUUCUAAUCAGAAUAAAUUUCAGAGGAUGUACGGACGUGAUUUGCUGUCUAUUUUUUGCCGUCUUCCUUAUCGGCUGGGCCUUUGUGGCAAUUUUAGGUAAAAUCGUUAUGCUAGUAGUUUGGAAACAUUUGGAAAUUCAGGGUUUAUGUGGGGUCAGCCGGAAAGGUUGAUUUUCCCAACGGACAGUGACUACCGUCGAUGUGGAUCUUUUCGUCCUGGCUACUAUAACAUGACGUGAGUUUUUCAAAUAUUCCUAGUUCUUAUUGGAUUUUGAAGAGAUCGACCUUAUCUUCUGUAUUUCGACAUCACAAAAUGCAUAUCGUACGCGAGCGCGUUAGGAGGAUGCCAAACUCCCCAGGUAAAAAUUCUGAAUUGAAAGGAAAAAAUUAUCUGGCUAACUCAGAUUUGUGUGUCUGCCUGUCCGAAUCGUUAUUUUUCUUAUUUGCAACUCCAAACUUCCAUUACACCUUCUGAUUUCCAGAGACAAGUAAGUCUCAAGAAACGUCUAAUUAGUACAUUUUUUUAACUUUCAGAUAAAUGAAGCACUUUACUGCACAGAUGACGUUGACAAGACAAAAAUAACAUCUUUUUCCGUUUUGAGAACUUUGGUGCAAACCGGGAAAUGUGUGUCGUACACGGUGAAGUCGGCCCCCGGUAAUCUGAUCAAUCUGAUGACCAUAAUCAGUUCACAGUUUCAGUUCUUCAACGUUGUUUCCCUCAAGCGAUUAUUGAUGGAGCUGAUAUAGGAAACUCUAUCGUAAACAACGGCUCACUAGACGCUUUGAAAAACGCUUUUGGAGAUGAUGGAACCAUUCCUCACGAUAAACAAGUGGCUGGGCAGAGUAACGAGUAAGCUCCCAGCUUUAAGUUGGACAAACUUCGAAUCACCGAGUUUUCGAAAAUCUAUUCGCCAAAAAAAUGUAUCCAAAGUUUUCGAAAACUGGAAAAAUACGCGUCAAAAAUCGGACGAAAGGGAAGCUUGAAAAUAAUAAAGUUUCAGAGUUGUCAGCUCAAUAAUCGAGCAACGACCUAUGUUCGACAAAGUAAUUCAUGAUUUGUCGCAAACCUGGUGGCAGGUAAUUUAAAAUUUUCAUUGUAGCAGACUACAUUGAAAUUCUCACAGGUCCUGGCAAUGAUAGCCUUUUCUGGAGUUUGCGCUUUCGUCUGGACUGUUAUUAUGAGAAUUUUCGGCAGUCUUCUUAUUUGGUUAUCUAUUUUUGCGGUACUUGGAGCCUUAGGAUUCGGUUUUUAUUGUCAUACCGCCUUGUUUUAUUUUCUGUAUUUCAGGCACUGGGUACAGCUGGAUGAAAUGGAAUCAGCUGAAAGUUUCGGGAGCAAUCGACGACUUCAGUUUUCAGCCAAUGUUCAGCGUUUACUUUGAAAUGCCGACAACUUGGCUGGUAGUUGGUAAUUUUUCAUCGAUUUUCUUAAACUUAUAUUGAUAGUUUUCAGCCAUCGCUUCUAGCUCCGUGUUAGUUUUACUGCUGAUUGUUCUUCUUUUCAUAAGGAAGCGGAUUUCGAUAGCAGUUGCGUUGAUCGAAGAAUCCAGCAAGUCAGUAUCCAACUUCAAAUCAGUUUAUUGAUGAAAAACUUUCCAGAGCUGUUGGAAGCAUGAUGUCGACUUUGGUCUUCCCGCUCUUCCCAUUUCUACUACAUAUUUUGGUUUGACACGUUUUCUCAAAAUCUUACAAAAUUUUGUUGAUGUCUUCGCCUUAUGGGGAACCGUAGCCAUCUGGUUAUCGUCAUCUGGCCAAGAAGUUUGUCGUUUGCCGGAUCCUGACGGCCGGUUGAGAAAUACUUCCACCAAAUGCGAUUGCAAUUCCAAUGUAUGGAUUGAGUUGAGUUCUUCGUAUAAUCUUUCGUUUUCAGACACCAGGUUGUCAGUUUUACGGAGCUGAAGCGCCAGGAGACAGGAUUUUCUACCUGCAACUGUACAAUCUUUUCGCCUUCUUCUGGCUUUCUUGUUUUGUAACGGCGUUAGGUAUGAGAUACUCGAAAUAUUUCAUGAUUAUUGAGAUUUUCAAGGUGAUAUUUCUCUGGCCGGAGCUUUUGCUUCUCAUUACUGGGCACGCGACAAGAAUAUAGAUCUACCUUCUUUUCCCGUGCUCCGAGCUUUGACACGCGCCCUUCGGUUUUAAAUUUUUAUUUCAAAAAUAUUCAUCUUAAUAUUCAGUUACAACCUCGGAUCUUUGGCGUUCGGAUCUCUUCUGAUCGCUAUCGUUAAACUGAUUAGAGUGAUUUUGGAAUACAUCGAUCACAAAUUUGGAAAGACUGAAAAUCGCGUCAUCAAGUACAUUAUGAUGUGAGUCGAUAAAAAAUCGAAAUACUUUUUUUUACUUUUUCUUUUUCAGGGCGUUAAAGUGUUGUUUUUGGUGCCUCGAAGUCUUUUUCAAGUUCUUAACUAAAAAUGCUUACAUUAUGGUGAGCAGGUUCUACUUUAUCAAUGCUCAUAAAUUUAUAGAUGGCAAUUUAUGGUCAUAAUUUUUUCUCAUCCGCCAAAGACUCGUUCAUGUUGAUCACCAGGAACAUUGUCAGAACGGUUGUAAUACAUAAAGUUGCUGGCAUUUUGUUAUUCCUCGGAAAAGCGAUGAUUACUCUUGGCGCAGGUUAGAGGAAUUUCAUAUUUUUUGAGAUUUUUAACGUUUCAAAUUUAUUGCAUUAGUUAAAUCAGCACAAUUGCAAUGCCCCUUAAGAAGUGUUACAAAUAGUUUAUGAAAAAAGUUUUUUUGAAAAGAUAAAAUUCACAUUUCUUCAACUUUGAAAAAUUUAUAAAGAAGCAUAAAGAAGCACUUUUUUACAGGGGUUAUUGCUUUCUACUACUUCUCAGGCCGGUGGAUCGUUGAGGGAAUCCCUCACGUUGAUCUCUAUUACUACUUUGGGCCGAUUGUCAUCGUCGUCUUGGGUGAAUAAUUUACUUCUCUUUUUUUCUUCUGAAACGAAUAAUUGAGUAUUAACUUUUCUGUUUUCAGGCAGCUACUGCAUGGCUGAUUUGUUUUUCGAUGUUUACGAAAUGGCGGUCGACACAACUUUCAUCUGCUUUUGUAGGAAUUUGAAAAACUCGAAAAACUGAAAAAUUUUAUUUUCAGUAGAAGACAGCGAACAAAAUGACGGGACACCGGAAAAGCCAUAUUACAUGUCAGCCAAGCUGCUCGAGAUUCUUGGAAAGAGGAACGUCAUGGAAAUGUCUGAAAAAGUUUAG